AUCUCAGUCGCACUUUAUCAAGCGACACCAACAGAAGCUCGUGAGCAGAAUAUGAUUGCUAAGGAACGCCUCUUAUCGCUGGGCUGGCUGCUGAUAGCCCUGCUAAAUGCGCAGCUAUUGCAGGCCCAUGCAGAUCAUCAUUUUCAUGGAAAUGCAUACGGCGGUGAAGGCUGGAGCUAUGCUCAGCCACAGAGGCCAUUUGAAUAUCAGCAUCAUACCUCGCAUCACAGACACGGAUAUCAUCAUAAUCAUCAUUACAAUCCAACUGAUGCGCAAAUCGGUCACGCUCCCAGCUUUGGUGGAGGUCAAUACGGCGGUGGACGGGCCAAUGAUUUAUAUGCUGGACAAGCAGGUGUUGGGCACCCGAGAGAUGGCGUAAGGCGUCAAGGUCAAGCUAGUUUCGGUAAUCCAGUCUGGUCACGUUACCCGGAAACCGCACCUACUAGACCUUUCGAACAGCGUCCAUUGCCACCCCAACAGUCAAAUCCACUUGAUUAUGAAACCGACCGUAGGAAUCCCACCGGACCACUUUUCCAGCCGGGUGGCCAAGAUCCAUCGGAUCCUAAUUACCUACAACCUGGUUUUACUGGAAAUCCCCUGCAGCCACGCCCCCAACCGGGUAGCCAAGAUCCAUCGGAUCCUAACUACCUACAACCUAGUUUUACUGGAAAUCCUCUGCAACCACGCCCCCAACCUGGUGGCCGAUAUCCACCGGAUCCUAACUACCUACAACCUGGCUUUACUGGAAAUCCUCUGCAACUACGCCCCCAACCGGGUGGCCGAUAUCCACCGGAUCCUAACUACCUACAACCUGGUUUUACUGGAAAUCCUCUGCAGCCACGCCCCCAAACGGGUGGUCAAGAUCCAUCGGAUCCUACCUAUCUACAACCUGGUUUUACUGGAAAUCCCCUGCAGCCACGCCCCCAAUCGGGUGGCCAAGAUCCAUCGGAUCCUACCUAUCUACAACCUGGUUUUACUGGAAAGCCUUUACAGCCACACCCUGAAUUUGAAACUCAAUCUUCUGGAACCGUGAUUCCGCAACCUAGCAAUACAGCCAAUCCCUUGCAACCUCGUCCAGUAGUAGCAGCAAAUGGUGGAGCGUUCAA